UAGACAUAAAUCAAAAUUACUUUUUGCUACAGGCUGCCUGCGAAUUUUUACUCAUAACAUUAAAAAAUACUGCAAAUAAUUUACUGUUUUACGAAAUAUUAGAACUGCGUGACUCUGAAACUUUAGUGUGUCGUAAUGCAGAGUCCUAAGCUGGAGACGCCUGCCCCGGUUAGCCGGUCGGGUGCCGGGGACAUUUCCGAGCGAGAAUUGUCCAGAGAGCGGAGCACCAUGCAAACCACACCGCCUGCACGUCACCAACGCGCUCUGCACAAGAACAAACUGUUUUCGGUCCCGGUGAACAAGUUCACGACCCGCUGCCAGCGCCAGAGCCCCAACCUGGCGCGUAUCCGCAGCUGCCUCGAGGAGCUUCGCUCUACGCCCGUUAGACCGGUCAAAAUUGGACCCAAAGCAGUCUCUAUGGAGGACUUGACGCCUACGAAGAGGAUAAAGCGAGAGAGCACUAGCAAAGAGAUCUCAAAGCAUCCCCUAGGGGGAGCAGAGGAGCAGGCCGCGGCUAAGAUCGGGCGCUUCAUGCUGGUUUGCGCGUGGCGACGGCGGCGCGACGAAGUCCGGUGCCUUCGCAAGACGCUAGAAUUCCAGAUUUCGUGUUCCGAACGUCUACGUAUCCAAGUGCACGCAUUAAAGAGCCUCCUUGACUCUGACAAUGGCAAGGUCCGUCUCGCUAUGCGCGAGCUUGAGCGACUCAAACAGCUUCUAAGGGAUAAAGAGGCGGAAAGAAGCGUUUUAGAGAAAGAGAAGAACGCUUUGGAAAGAGACUUGAGUAACGCCGAAGAUAGAGCGUCGGAGAUGAGCAUCGGAUGGCGAAACUGCCGCAACGAGGUGGAAGGCGUCCGAGCCGCGGCAGCAGUGAGCGAGCACGCACUGUCGUUGGAACGCGCUGCCAGCGCAGAGGCACGCUCACAGCGAGAUCGAGCCUACACGCGGCUAUCUCACCUAGAAGCAGACUUGUCGCAGCAUGAGACCCUGCUGGCGGCGGCCGAGGCUGAGGCGGCUGCGCUCCGACGCGAGGCCAACGAGAAGCAGGCCCUACUGCAGCUCACCAGCGAGCAGCUGAAGUUGGAGAAGGACGGUAGAGAGCGUUGCGUACGCGAUUGCUCAGCGCUAGCGGCGCGCGUGGCGUUAGCCGCGGACGAGACGAGCGAGCUGCGGGCCGUCGUGAGCGAGCUACGCGCGGAGCUGGCCCGCCUCGACGCAGAGCUGCGCGUCACACGCGAGCAGCUAGCGUGGUGGCCUCGCCCUCUGACGAGGAUGAUGGGCGCCGCGCGCUCCCUGCUGCGCUAUCCACUAUCCGUGCCCGAAGCCAUCGUGUGGGCGCUGGUGCCCGCGCGGCACGGCUGCUGACCUUGGUCAGCUCUGCUCCAAGAACGUCGUAAUAGCCAAGCUAAGCGGCCGACUCCGAAAUCUGCUGAUUAAUUCUGCUACGACAGCUACUGUAAACCGAGGCGAAUCGGAACACCGGGCGAAUACACUAAAACAACAAUGUUGAUAUUUAAAACAAUGCCAAUGAUUGGCGUUACAGGGUAAGAUUUUAGUGCGCUCAUAACAAUGGAAUUUCUCAAAUAACGGUUUUAUUUAACUUGAUCUGAUUCGACCUUCUUUAUACGCUUUUAGCUAAACUCUGAAGAUAAUUGACAAUGCGAAAGGUGAGUAGGUGCUGACCUGUACUAUUUAUUACUUAAUGCAAUGUUAAUUAGGUAGUUUUCGCGGGUUAUGUUUACACGUAUUUUGUAAGAUUUUUCACGGAUUUGAUUUGCGGUAAGUUUUAUUGUUAGAAUAUUUGUAAGUGUUUAACUAUGUCAUUUAUUGAAUAUAAUUUUAACGAUA